GAAAGGGAGAAAAGAAAGGGUGGAGAGAGAAAAACAGAAGAAGAAGAAGAAGAAGAAGAGAGAAACUGAAAUAAAAUUAGUAUGGAUCAUAUGUUACGUUGUGUUGGGUCAAUACCCAAACUUUCGUUUCUUUUGUUACUUUCUCUGCUUCUCUUCAGUUUCGUUAACGCAGCCUUCGACCUCGCUACUAUACCCUUCAAGGAUGGUUUUUCUCCGCUCUUCGGAGAUAGCAACGUCGUUCGCUCCGCCGAUGGCAACGGCGUACAACUCCUCCUCGAUCGCUACACAGGUUCGGGUUUUAUAUCGUCUAAUAUGUACAACUAUGGAUUCUUCAGUGCCAGAAUAAAGUUACCGUCGAAUUAUACUGCUGGUCUUUGCGUGGCCUUUUAUACAUCAAACGGAGAUGUGUUCGAGAAGUCGCACGAUGAGUUGGACUUUGAAUUCCUUGGAAACAUCGCCGGAAAACCGUGGCGGUUUCAGACGAACUUAUACGGCAACGGCAGUACGAGCCGUGGGCGUGAGGAGCGUUACCGUUUGUGGUUCGAUCCGACGAAAGAAUUCCACAGAUACAGCAUCCUUUGGACAGCGAAGAAUGUGAUUUUUUACGUUGAUGAAGUUCCAAUUAGAGAGGUGUUACGAAGUGAGAAAAUGGGAGGUGAUUACCCAUCGAAGCCAAUGUCACUGUAUGCGACCAUAUGGGAUGCAUCAAAUUGGGCAACAUCCGGUGGUAAAUACAAAGUAAACUAUAAGUAUGCACCUUUUGUGACCCAAUUUAAGGACCUAGUCCUUAAGGGUUGCUCCGUCGAUCCCAUCCAAGAGAUCUUAGACCGCCAAGGUUGCUACGAACAACACGAGGAUCUCGAGGCUCAAGACUACGCCGCCGUCACUCCCAUGCGCCGCCUCGCCAUGCGGCGGUUCCGCCAACGUUACAUGUACUAUUCCUAUUGCUAUGAUACAUUAAGGUACAACGUGCCACCACCCGAGUGUGUCAUUGUACCCUCGGAGAAACAAAGGUUUAAGGAGACCGGGAGGUUGAGAUUCGGCGGCAGCCACCGCCGGCAGUCUCGGCGGAAGAGCCGUACAACAAAUACGGUGGCUGAUACCGAUGAGGGUGAUAUGUGAUUAUUGAUAUGUUGAGAUGUAUAUAAUAGUGUCCAUUUUUUAUGGCUUUAUUAUUUGUGGGUAUUUUGAGAUAAUAUUUAUUUGUUGAGAGGCAUAAAUAAACUAUAGUCAUUUAUAUCUGCUCUUUAUUUUUAUUUUUAAUGAAUGUAUUUUGGUUUUA